CCUGCUCUGCUACAGUGCUCUGAGUAAAUAUUUGAAGUUAGUCAUUAACUGAGUAUUUUCAGAGGUUUAGUUGGGUUCACCAAGCCAAAACGCCUUCCGAUGUAAAGUGUUACAACUGGAUUUUUGUGGACAAAUUUAUUUUUGAAGGCGAGAGCUUGAAGAAUGAAGAAGAUCUGGUGCUUAAUAUUUCUCAUGGCUGCAUGUUAUAUGAAAGGGUCCAGGUCCUCAGUCUUUUUACGAGAAAAAGAUGCCAGUGAUGUCUUGAGAAUUAGAAAACGGGCUAAUUUCAUGUUUGAAGAGGUUAAACCUGGAAAUUUGGAAAGAGAAUGUUUUGAAGAAAAGUGCGUAUUUGAAGAGGCAAACGAGAUUCACAGUUCAUUGGAUAAAACUCUAAUAUUUUGGAACAAGUAUGUUGAUGGUGAUCAGUGCAAUCCUAAUUUAUGUGUCAAUAAUUCAACUUGCCAGGAUUUGAUUGGUGGCUAUCAAUGUCACUGUGCUGAAGGAUUUGAUGGACCUCAGUGCCAGUAUGUACUGCUGGCAACAAACUGUUCUGACAAUUACGGUUACUGCGCUCAUUUCUGCAGUGAAAUUCCAGAGAGAAACAGACGGGAAUGUUCAUGUGCAGCUGGUUACAAACUAAGUGAAGAUGGAAUCUCCUGCAAUGCAUCAGAUAAAUAUCCUUGUGGGCUCCUGAAAGGAGUUAAAGCAUCCCAGCAACAUGAAAAGGGAAAACGGGAGAGAAUGAUGAAAGGGAAAGUUGAAGGCCCUGGAAACGCAAACAGGACGGACAUCAUUGAAGGGAAAGGAGGCCCACUGGGCCCACGAAUCAUAAAAGGGGAGGUAAUGAAGAAAGGUGGCAGUCCAUGGCAGGUCCUUCUUAUGACUGCAAGUGGAAAAUUCAUCUGCGGAGGUGUGCUGAUUCACCAGUUUUGGGUGCUGACUGCUGCUCAUUGUGUACAUAAAGGAGAGCGAUUUCGAGUAAAACUUGGUGAGCAUAACCGAUCAGUCAAUGAAUAUACUGAAGACACUAUUCUAGUAAACAAAGUAUUUAUCCACCCCAGCUUCAAUCUCUCAAAUAUGGACAGUGACAUUGCUCUCCUCCGACUGUCUGAGGUUGCUGUCUUUACCGAUUACAUUAUACCGGUGUGUUUGCCCACCAAAGAGAUGGCAGAGAGAAAGCUGCUCAUUGUCAACAAGAACGUGGUGAUCACAGGCUGGGGUGCUAUGGAUGAAAAUGAUGAUCGUUACCGCCCUAAUAUGCUAUUAUUCAUCAGUAUCAAAUUGACCUCCUACAAGCUGUGUAAGGAGAAACUAAAAGACAGAGUGACGGACAACAUGAUCUGUGCAGGAAACCCAGGUUCCAGAAAAGAUGCCUGCAAGGGAGACAGCGGUGGCCCUAUGGUCACUUUAUUGAACGGCACAUGGUUUCUGCUAGGUCUGGUCAGCUGGGGAGAAGGAUGUGGUCGCUUCCAAACAUUUGGUGUCUACACCAAAGUGACCAAUUACCUAAACUGGAUAUAUUCAACAAUCAAUGCUGUAGCAACCUAAUUGAUCUGAAGCAGUAUAUAUUCUUUCUAAUGAGCUUCCAAUGUGCCUAAAAUGAUGUUAAAUUAGACUGAGGAUCUAUUUCAGACUUUAUGUGUGAGAUGCUAAAUAUGUUGUGCUAGUUUAGUCGCCCCCUACCAUGCUACAAAGCAGUGUGACUUAUACUCAAUUACAGCUUAUGCAUUAUGACUUAUGGUAAUUGAUUGUGAUUAUUUAUAUCUCAACCUUACCUUAAAAGACAGGCAGUCAUUCCCUGCUUAUCCAUUUCAUCCUGUUACCUUCUUAGCCUUAUGUUUGUGUUCUACUGUCUAGAGCUACAAGUGAGGUUUCUGCUCUACAUUCGAAAAUGUUUUGUGUUUAUUGCAAUUUACCAAUGUAAGUUUUUCAAGUGCCUGAUCAGAUGUGACACUCUCAUUCCACAGUUCAUUGACUGUAGUAUCCCAGCUAGUGAUCACAUGUAAUCAUGUGAUUCAGUCUCUGAUUUAAUUUCAUAAUGCUCCUGUGAAGUAUCUUGUAACUUUAUUAUAAAAGUGCAGGUUGUUCUGUUAUAAUGCCCGUUUCGUCAACGUGAAUUCACAGUAAAGUGAUUUACAAGUUAGGGAUGUGUUUCUAUAGCGCAAACUAUUAAAGCGUGUGUUGGCUGUAAUGCAAGUACAGUGCCAACACUUGAAGUGCUGUUUCUAAAGUGUGAUUUUUCUGUAACACGGGGUUGCAUAAGAACACAACUAUCGCAUUAUAGAAGAACUGACUGGAGCUGUAAAAGGUUGUGAACGUCUAACUAUUCAAUAUUGAAUUUAUGGGGUUAUCUGUGUCUGUCAAUAUAGGCUUUUCUCUGAGGUUGUAGAUAGGCCCUAAAAUGGAAAGAGGGAAGCCAGUAUGAAUCAUACUAGUUCCUUGACCGGAUCAUCCAGAGCUGGUACAAGGAAGGGUUUGACAAAAUUUGGGGUGGGGUGGUGGGGCAGGGUGCGUACUUCAGGAGGCAAAUUUUAUUUCUAAAAUGGUAGACUAAAAGCUGAAGGUUGAACAAGGGCAUAAUCUCUAAACAGGUGAUGAGAAAUUAUCUAAACGGGGCAGAUUAUGCAAAAGAUAAACAGGAGAUUGGAUAGGUAACAGUUCACCUGGGUUGGACGUGAAAAGGUUAAACAGGACUUAACACCUGAAGGCUCAGUGGGCUGGACUGCCUUCAUGAAGAAUUAAUGAAAAUAUCAUGCUAUUGUACAAUGACACUGAUUCUUUGAAUCCUACAGUAUAAUAAAUCUUUAUUCUAUAUUCUGA